AUGACAUCGGAAAAGCCUGAUAUUGAACAAAAUGAUAAAGUAAUUAUUACAAAUGAAUCAUCAAUAGUAUUUAAUGAAGAAAAAACAAUUGAAUUAAAUAAUCGUUUAAAAAAUGAUUUUAUGUCAUAUUGUUUUUCAUUUCUACAUGAAGAUGAAGAAGCUCGUCAAUGUAUACAAAUUGUUUGGAAUAAAUAUUUAGAAUGUGUUGGAGAUGUUGCUAUGUUAUCAGCUUUUUUCGAUACAUUACCAUAUCAUAUAAAAACAUCUGUUUUACCAAAAUAUCAAAAUGAAAUCAUUCAAUGGUGUGAAAAAUUAUUUCAUAUUCAUUCACAUGCACUUCUUUGUUCAACAUAUUAUUCGGAAACAUUUCAACGUGUUAUACGUUAUGCAUUAAAACCGAAUCAAUAUAAAAAAGCAAUUAUUUAUAUUCCAAUGGAUUUUGAUCCAAAUUUAAAAAUUGAUCUAACAUCUUCAUUAUCAAAUAUUAAAUUUGAACAUAUUUCAAAUAAAACGUCACAUGAAGAUAUGAUCGAUAUAAAUCGAUUCGAAGAAUUGAUUAAACGUGAUAUAAAUGAUUCCGUAUCUUAUCCUUUUAUGAUUAUUGCAAAUGCAGGCUCAGCAUUAUUAGGUCGCUGUGAUGAAUUAAAAGAAAUUAAACAAAUUUGUGAACGAUAUAAUAUUUGGCUUCAUGUUAUAGGUGAUUUAUUAGGUUCAUUAGCUUUAUUAUCAACAAUUAAAGAUAAUGUAAAUAUAAGUUGUGAUAGUUUAACAAUGGAUAUAAUGAAAUUAUUUGGUAUACAAAAUCUUCCUUAUUUAACGUUUUUUCUUCGAUCAACAACAGAUAUUAAUGAAACAGAUGAACAAAAUUCAUUACAAAGAUCUUCUCAUCCACUUGAUGAUUUUAUUUUACAUAGUCCAUCCGUUAGUUUUUUAAGUGUAUGGUCAAUUAGUCAACGAUGUUCAAAUGAGAAUAUUUUUUAUCAUAUGAAACAAUCGUUUGAUUUAGCAAAUUUAUUAUUAACACGUUUAAAACAAAUCAAAACAAUACAUAUAAUUAAUGAUGAAGAUAAUCAUGAAACAUAUACAUAUCAACGUAUUUGUUCAGGAGAUGCACCUAAUGAUGUUCUACCAAAAUCUCUUGUUAUUUUUCGUUUUCAAUCGGAUAAUAUAGCAGAACUUGAAAAUAUCGAUAAUUUAACUGGUUAUCUUGAUCUUCUUAAUCUUUGGUUAUUUGAUAAACUUUCUCAUCAACAUCCAAAAAUAAAUUUAGAAUUACUUAAAAGUGUUCAUUUUCAAAUAUCAAAACCAAAUGAACCUAUACAAAAUCAAAUUGCAGCACAUGCACUUCGUUUUGCACCAUUAGAACAUUUACUUGAUGUUAUUGAUGAAAAUGAUAUGCAAUUAUUUCUUGAUGAUAUACAACGUUUUAGUGAUAUACUUAUUGCAACAAUGACAGCACGUGCAAAUCUUGCAUCAACUGUUUCAAAAUAUUCAAAUCUUCUAUCAAUUCCAAUACAAAAUUGGGCUGGUAUUGGUGCUGUUCGAUAUAUUCCAAGUAAUAUAAAUCCAACCAAUAUGGACGAAAUAUCCAAUUAUGAAAUCAAUAUAAUUCAAUCCGAAUUAGCACGACAAUUACAAACAAAUGAUUCAGCAUUUUCAUUAAGUGGUGGUGGAACAGAUGAAACAGAUUCAUUGCUUUAUUUACGUUUAGGUAUGAUAAGAAAACGUGAAGAUCUUGAUAUAUUAUUACAAAAAAUAUCGAAUGUUGGAAAAGAAGCAGAAUCAUCAAUAAAAUAUGCUGAAGAUAUGGCAGAAAAAAUCAAAGCUGGUAUAGAAAAAGCUGAAAAAGAUUUACAAGAUGAAAAUUUACAAUUACUUGCUCAAGAUGGUCUUUUAAGACAACUACCAAUAGUUUCAAAUCUUAUGUCAUGGUGGAGUCCAGCACCAUCUGCAUCAGCAACAGCAACAAAAGGUCGAUCGUUUGAUUUAAAUUCUGGUCGAAUUGAAUCUACUGAAGAUACAUAUGUAUAUCGAAUGCAAAUAAGACGACAAUCUCAUCAUGCACCUACUCAUAAUGAUACAACAUCGGAUAAUUCUGAUAAUAUAAUAAAUUCAACUGAUCAAAAAACAAAUGAAUAA